AUGGUGCCCAGGAGAAGCUGCCAUGUCCAAUGUCUCCAGUUCUUCUACCAUCACCAUGGAGAUGAAACAGAUCAGCUCAACGUCUGGAUCAGGGAGUUCGACAAUGUCACUGAUGCAGGGACACGAAGACUCAUGGGACGGAUUUCAGGAUCCCCAGUUGAUUACUGGCAGCUCCACCAUGUUAACCUGAACGCCUCCAAGACCUUCCAGGUGGAGUUUGAGGGCCUCAGGGGAUCAGGGUCUUCAAGAGGGGGUUUCUCUGUGGAUGACAUCAACCUCUCAGAGACCGUGUGUCCCCAUCACACAUGGCAGAUACGAAACUUCAGCAAGGCGCUUAAAAACAGCGCUCAAACCCCUUUCCUCUACAGUCCCAAAUACUACUCCAUUGAUGGCUACAGGUUCCAAAUUAUGCUGAAGAUGGCAAAGGACCACUUUGGUGCCUUUGUCCGUCUGGUUUCUGGCUCCAAUGAUGACAAGCUGCAGUGGCCUUGUCCUUGGAGGCAGGUGACCAUCGAGGCACUUGACCAGAACUCCCACCUCCAGCACCGCAUGUCUGCUCAGAUCAGCAUGACCACAGACCCAACGCAGAUGGGACAGAAUGCGUCUAUCUGGGGGAACCCGCGUCAUGUGGGAGUUUUGGACGAGAGCUCAGAGGGUGACUAUGUUACAGACGGUUGGGGCUACAAGCUCUUCAUGACCCAUAAGGAGAUGAGGUCUAGAGAGUUCCUUAAGGGAGAGGAUAUGUUCUUCCUCAUAUCAAUGCAAGACAUCUCGUCGCUGGCUCAGGGGAACGCUCUUCCAUGUCCCAACUAUGCUGCUGCAGAUACGCAUCAAGAGUCACCAGAUGCAUAACCAGAGCUGCUUCAGCAGGCUACAGCUCACACUUCAGUGCAGUUUUGGACUGAUGAUAGCAC